UUUUGUAUUUUCCCUGCAGUCGAUGCUGCAUUUUUGCCGCGUUCGUGCAAGGCAACGCGUUGUCAGUGCUGACAGUUCCGAAUUGGCGAUCGGUUGGCUUUGUUGUGUGUUUCUCCGUCAGAUUGGUGCCCCCUAGCAGACACGCACACACACAUACACAUACGCUCUUCACGCAUUCUCCACUGUCCAUCGAAUAUUUGACAGCUAAAUAACACACAGAAACGAGAAUAUUUGGAAACAUUCCACUUCGCGUUAGAGCGGACUAAUUCAAUCCCAAGCGACAAGCCAGCCACGGCUUGAUAAUGUUGCUGCGAUUGAUGGUGGCAAAAGGUUGAUGUGGCAGUGGCAGCCAGAGGGCCGGUUGGCCAGCAGUGAGAGCAAUUCGUGGUCCCAGUGGAAAAGCGGGGUGCCACAUUCAUAGCAAACCGUGCGUGUGUAUUGUGUGGGGUGUUUCAAACGAAAAACGGUGGUUGGAGUUUCAUGUUUGCUCUCUCCUCCCGCAGCAGCUAUCCCCUUCCGUAUUUUGUGUUCGUGCCACAGCAACAGCGACUGUAGGGAGCGGACCGGAAAUCGAAAGCAGUGACCAAACAUAUCUCGGCAGUGGUGCAGAACAUAAAGCGCCAUCCCGAAAACUUCGUCGAAGCGACUAGAAGUGUAGCGUAGCAGCAGCGACGCACCACGGGAAACCAACGAGAGAGAGAGAGAGAGAGAGAGGGCAGCAGCCAGCAAAAGGACACACGGACACGGACGGCUGUCGUGCACAGUGGCACAGUGUGGUGUGCGUAUGCCUUUCCGAAGGCAUUAGAGUACAGUGAAAGGGCUACGAGCACCGACGGCGUGCGUGUGAUUUCUCGUUGACACCCCCCGGAUACGUAAACGGCCUCAAAAUUGAGGAAAUAGAGGAAAUCGUGGAGACGGAGGUUAUCCUCUCUCCGGAUGAGAUGCACCAUGAGGAGUUCGAGAUCACGAUGGUCCCGAUGGAAUCGACAACCGUGCUGACCACGGGCGGCACGGGCACACUGAAGCGGGACGUGCGCGACAUGGUGCGGGAGGCCAACUUUCAGACCAAGCUGCUGAUGCAGGAAAACGAAGCCCAAGACUACCAUUUCCAGCAUGCGUCGAGCGCGGACGAUACGGAGGGCUCGGACCAGGAGCACACGCUGGGCGACAUUACGUACAAGAGCGAGGCGGACGGUAAUGAUACGAUGAACUCCAGCAACCAAAGCUCGAGCCGCAAGCGGCGCGGCAACCUGCCAAAGCAGUCGGUAAAGAUCCUGAAGCGAUGGCUGUACGAGCACCGGUUCAACGCGUACCCGACCGAUGCGGAGAAGCUGACGCUGUCGCAGGAAGCCAAUCUGACCGUGCUGCAGGUGUGCAAUUGGUUCAUCAACGCGCGGAGACGCAUCCUGCCGGAGAUGAUUCGCCGGGACGGGCACGACCCGAUGCACUACACCAUCUCGCGGCGGGGCAAAAAGCUGAGCGGCCAGAUGGUGGGGCUCGAUGGGAUGAAUCCGCUCGCGAUGAGCCCCGCCUCGGAGGUCAUUGUCGGCGCGACGGAGGAGAUCAUCGAGGAGGAGGAGGUGAUCGAGGACGGUGUGCCACAGAUCAUCACCAGCCACGGGCAGCAGUACGUGCAGACACCGUCCGGGCUGGUGAAGGUGGAGGAAGAUGUGGACUUUGAAGAUCACAUCAUCUAUCGCUCGGACGACAGCAACAUUGAGUAUGAGUACGCGCAAAGCGAAGAGGAGAUUCCGGUCACGGAACAGGGCGAAUGGGACGGUAUGAUUCGCUACGCGAAUGAAAAGGAUGAUGAAAUUCCGGAAGAAAUCACGGAAGAGGAAGUUAUCGCAUCGGAUGGAGGGGAGAAUGAGUUUUUUACCACGACGACACACACCAAUCUCGCGAAUAUACCCUUACAGCAGUCGUCGACUAACGUUUCAGUUCGGCCAACUGUAACGAUGACUGCUGCUAAAAUAAUUACAACUACACCAGGAGGUGUACAGCGAGUAAUUAUCGGCCAGUCGAAUACCGGCAGUAACGCGAUCAGCACGUCACAGGGCGGCAGUACCACGCUCGGUACGCUGAAGCUCGGUGGCAACCUGACGGCCGUCCCGCUGCAGGGUGGCCUGAAGGUCGGUCCGAAAAAGCUGACCGUCGUGACGAGCAGCGGCAAGACGGCGACCGUGACCGCGACAUCGCUCGGCGACUCGAACACCAAGACGAUAACGCUCGUGCAGAGCGGCAGCAACAACAACAAUGCUGGAAAUGCGAACAACAACAACAACAACUCCCAGAACACCAACGCGCACACCACGACGGCGGUGAAGGUAAAAGGUGUAAUCCGUGACGAUAAGGAUCAAUUCAAGUGUUUAUACUUGCUGGUGGAAACUGCGGUUGCCGUACGCCAGCGGGAAAAAGAACAGGACGAUGUGCACGUGCUGGGCAAUUAGAGAGAAAGAGAGAGAGAGAGAGAGCGCGAGAGAGUCCUACCGAGAAACGAUUGCUUGAGCUGUGGUGAACCACAACAGACGCAGAAACCAGCCACCACCGGACAACGCACGAAAGAGGAACCAGCACAAUACAGCAUUUUGUGGCGCGUUGCUCCUUGCAGUUCAUUGGUGGGAUGUGGAUGGCGGCGUGUGGUUUUUCGUUCUGUUUUGCUGUAAUCAGCUAGAUCAGUAGAUGGUGGUUGUUCCUUCCUCCCCCCAUAUCUCGAUUCUUUCUCCCUUUCGGUGUGCAAACUCCGGUGCGCACAGAAGCAGCAGCCAUGUGGUGUUUUACGUUGUGGUUAUUGGGAGGAUGGGCUUGCAGUGCUGGUCUGGCGAGAAGGGGCCAGCUUUGUGGUAGAGUCAAAUGUCGAAGCAAACAUGAAGCAAACUCUUAUUUGACGUUAGCAGCAGCAGAGAAUGUGUGUAUAUAUGGAUAUAUCUGUAUGCCUCCCACCCCCCCCUUUGUGUAAUGUGUGAGUAAGCGAACGAGAGGCCGGAAUAUAGAAGAAAACAUUCAUUUUAGUUGAAAGUAUCGUACAUCUGAAGGCGCUUACGCAGUUAUGUUUAAACUAUAGAGAGAGAGAGAGAGAGAGGAAAAAGCGAAAGAGUGAGGCAGAACUCUGUUGUGUGGGUUAGUUUAUUUAGUGUAAACCAGAACACCGUACCUUGAGCUUUGGUAAAGUCACUGCUACCAAUUGGUCGUUAAAAUAGUUAUGUUAGGCUAUGUUUUCUUCUUCUUUUUUAGCAACCGCCAACGCAUUCAAAGAGUUGCACACUGUAUCGAGUGAGCACACCGAUAUAAAAAAGCACACACAAACACACACCUAUACUUUAAUCCAUCAAUAGUUCUUUUCAACGGGAUAUAUGACAACAGGACGAGCGAAAGGAUAAGAGCCUCGAUCCCAGCGAUCGAGACACAAGAACACGAACAAAACAGUUUGCUUUCGAGCAAAUGGGGUUUGCUUAAACAUAGCUCAUCCCUCAAAAAAAACAAACAAACACACACACACACACACACACACACACACACACACACACACACACACACACACACAGUCACCACGAUUGUAAUUAGGUUGAGAUUCUGUCGAGUCUUUUUUUACAAUCUAUUGCAAAAGUGUUGUUAAUUACCUUGCAGAGAAUACAGAGAGAAUAUGAUUGACACAGAAGAGUUUCAGUUGGUUAACAUCAAUUGUCAACCAAUUGUACUUCUCAAUCUGUUGAUAUCUGUUCUGAUGUAUAGUGGAUGGAAUAAUCCCCACCUCAGAUGGUGGGACGUACCAUUCGUUUGUACGUGCGUGUAGCGUGUUUUCUAUUGCUUUAAGCGUAUCUAACAAAGGCAUUCUCUGGUGUGCGCUCCCCGUUCCGUGUUAUAUAUUUGCGCAAACAACCAGUUUUACUCUUUACAUACAACCACCCGGAUCGCCAGUACUGAAGAGGCAAUUUAAAAAUUCACUAUGUUUUUUUUUACAUCAAUCUCCCACUUCAGCUCCCCAACACGAAAGCUUUAUAUUGUACAUAACGGUGGCAGUGGGUGAAAUGCUUUUUUCUCAUUUGCAAUCCAUCUAUUACUUUCUUUUAAUUCUAAAUUGCAAAAAAAAAAGUCAAACAACCUGCCUCUCCCUGCCAUGUAAAGAAAUUACUGUGGGGAAUGGUGGUGGAGGUUUACUUUCAUUGGAGUCCCUUUUUCUAUAUUCGAUUUGAUGUUUCGGUUUUAUUUUUGGAAUUGGAAAAGCUUUUAUCAGCCCGAGCAAUUGUUUUAGUGGACGCAAGUGUGUGUGUGUGUGUGUGUGUGCGUGUUUUGGCACAACUCAGAAAAGGGAAGAAAAGCCUUCAUACAAACAUACUAAUGUACGUAACUUAUACCGUCGCACAAAUACAAUGCAACCAGACAAAGAAAUCGAACAUCUAAAUGCUCAAAAUGCUUUCUUUUUCUCCUUUCAUUGUACAUUGAGGCGUACGAAAGCGGGGUUCUGUGAAGGGUUCCUUUUCAAUUGCCACCCACUCUAUCACCCACCCCACACCAACCACUCUCGGCUGUUGUCUAUUUCAUUCUGGUAACGGUUUCGUAAUUGAAAUUUAAUUUUUAUCAAAAUCUCUCAAACACCGGUACCACCACAUGGUCGUCGUGUGUGUCACUACUCACACGGACCAUAGUGGACGCUGUUUGAAGAAGGAAUUUUAGCAAACGAAGAAAAACAACCUGUCCCCCUACUCUAAAUGUAAGCUUUUUUUAAAUACAUUUACACAUCACUGCAUAUAAACGGCGUGAUGGUGUGGUAUCAUCUCGUCAGUGUCAUACGCGUACGGAGCGGGGGAAGAGUGGUACCACCACCCCACACUACUCUACCUCUGUCCGUUUUGGGAAGUGAGCGAGAUUUUUAAUUUGAUAUGAUGGUGGCCCAAAUUAGCUUAUAAUUUAAUUUAUACAACAAUUGAGUUUCUCUCUUUCGCAUCAAAACUCUUGCCAGAAUGAGACAGCGUUAAAGUGGUCGGGUGGGGUGGGUGAUGAGAUGAUUAUGCUGGUACGAUCAUCCUUCUCUUUCCCGCUAGCAGUAAGCCCCCUUUUCCCCACUUAUAUUUCUUUACAUGAUUGGGUGUGUGUAGUUGUUUUUUUAUUAUUAGCAUGUAUUUUUCUUUAUAAAUUAAAAUUCCCCCCUUUUUUCACUAUAAUAUCCCGCUCUCGUGUGUUCCUCAAAAGUGUGUUUUGUAAAACAUCUCCUUAAAAUGUGCAAACUAAUUGGCCAAAAAAACAUAAAGAACAGCGUACAGAGGGGGAAAGGUAGCAACCAAAAAAUGCAAACAACCGAGCGAUGCAGAAAGAAAGAGAGAUGCACGGUAGAGAAGGGAAGAUCUUUAUGGUACAACAAUACUUCGGUGGUAAACACAAGUUUAGGCUUUAAGAGGAAAGAAGCGAAGAAAAUUGAUUCGACCGGGAGAGAACAACGGUUUUGUGCAACAGAAACACACACACACACACAUAACACGGAAAAAAGCCAGACAGACAGGGGCGUUGGUGUCGCUCAUGCAAUUUCUGAACGAAUUAUAAGUGUAAGAGAAAACAGAGACUCUCAGUAGUAGUGUGGUACUACGCGCGGCGUUCGGCGCGGCGGAAACUAGGCCAGGAUACGUUUUAUAAAUAUUUGUAUAGAGAGACAAAGCUUAUCGGGGGGUGUAGGGGGGAAGGGAGGAGGAGAGGGGAAACUCCCUCUUUCCUCCCUCCCUCCACUACCCCCCUUCCGGCAAACAGUGGUGGUGGUUGUGUGCGGGGCCACGCAUAUAUUGUUAUAAAAGGGCGCGAAAGUGCUUCUAUGUAGUGACAAAAUCGAAACAG